GCUGAUGUCGAACAGUAUGGGAGCGGCGAAGACUCUGAGAAGAUGGAAUCUGGUUCCGAAUUUUCCGAUGAGCAUCAUGGAUCCGCUGAAAAUCUACAGCCAAAGAUUAAACCCAUUCCUGAAGCUUCUUCCUUCUUUAUUUUCGGACCCAGGAAUCCAUUUCGAGUGUUCUGCUAUUACAUUUGCAACCACCCCUAUUUCAACAACAUCGUGCUCGUUUGCAUUCUGGUGAGCAGUGCCAUGUUAGCAGCGGAAGAUCCUUUGAAAGCCAACUCUUACCGAAAUCAUGUGAGUGAAUAUCUUAUUAAUAAGGAUUAA